UAAUAAUACUCUCAGGUGUUGGUCUGCAGGUUUAUGCCUGUGUCGAUCGCGUCCCUCUAAUGAAAAUGCGGGGCACCGUGGUAACCAUGCGAAAAUAUCAGGGCUUGAGCAAUUGCACUGGAACCUGUGGAUCCUUGGUGGGCAGACCUAGAACUGAGACUUACAUGUCGUAUGAAGAGGUCUGCUGCGAAGGAUACUUCCGCAACGAAGAUGCUGAAUGCGUUCCCCAGUGCGAGGAUUGCGGGAUUACUGGCAGAUGCCUCAGCCCCCACGUGUGCCUGUGCGGCAAGGGCUUUUCCAAUCGGAACAAUCGCACAGUGUGUGAGCCAGAGUGCGGCGAUCCAUGUGUCAAUGGCAGCUGCGUGGCGCCGGAUGAGUGUCAGUGCCGGGAUGGGUAUCGCUUUCGCGCUGACUCUCGGACGGAGUGUGAGGCCAUCUGCACGGUGGACUGCGAGAACGGACACUGCCCGAGCCCAGCGACAUGUGUCUGCAACAUCGGCUAUCAGCGAGACGAGGAGUUGAAGAAAUGUGUGCCCUUUUGCCAAGAUCAGUGCUUGAAUGGCGACUGCGUGGGGCCUAACGAGUGUAAGUGCCAUGCAGGACACGAGAAGCGAGUUUCACAGCCCUGGAAAUGUGAUCCCGUCUGUUCGAGCGGUUGCAGCAAUGGGAUAUGUCUACUACCGGAGCAUUGCGCCUGUAGAAAGGGGUACACCCGCAUUACGGAUCACAUUUCUUCUGGCUGCGCGCCACUCUGCGAUCCUGCCUGUGUUAACGGCACUUGCAUCUCACCUGGUCAUUGCGCUUGCUCUGAGGGCCAUACAUUCGCCGACGACUCCCACAAUGUGUGCGUGCCUAGCUGUGGGGCGGGCUGCGAAAAUGGGUUCUGUAGAUCCCCCGGCCAGUGCGAGUGCCACGAGGGGUUUGUCAAGAGCUCACUGCAUCGGUGUUCCCCCACGUGCAAUCCUUCCUGUGGUAGCAACUCGCACUGCAUCGCUCCGGACACGUGCGCCUGUAACUCCGGCCACAUCUUCGUGAAUGGCAGUAUCACGGAAUGCGAGCCAUUCUGCCCGCGAAGCUGUCGGAACGGCAUCUGCAGCAAUCCCGGAGUUUGCACCUGCCUGGAGGGUUACCAGGCCUUGCUCUCCUUCUACUGCAUACCCAUAUGCACGAGACCCUGCGUGCACGGCAGCUGUGUGGCCCCCAACGAGUGUCGCUGCUUUACCGGCUACCGACCUAGUCCCAUCCUGGGGUCGAGCGUCUGCGAGCCAAUUUGCAGCCAGGAUUGCGGAAAUGGCCGCUGCAUCGCUCCGGAGAUCUGUCAGUGCGACUCUGGCUACUACAAGCGCUGGCCGACCGGCACCUGCCAGCCGUACUGCCCCCAGAAGUGUGUCAACAGCCACUGCGAGGGCUCAGGCCAGUGUCGUUGCUACGAGGGUUAUCGAAUGAGAGCCGGCUCCAGCUCCAUCUGCGAUCCCGAGUGCUCCCCCAGCUGCAUCAACAGCACCUGCGUGGAGCCCAACAGCUGCGCCUGCCUCGAAGGCUACGAGGAUACCAGACUCCACUAUCAGUGCGUCCCCAGCUGCCGACCGCGCUGCGAAAACGGCCGCUGCUCGGCCCCCGGCCAGUGCGACUGCAAUCCGGGGCACGUGGUGACCAACUCCAGCAAGCCGCACAUUUGUCAAGCUCAAUGUGAGCAACAGUGCAUCAAUGCCGAGUGCCUCAGGCCGGAAACGUGCGUCUGUCUUGAUGGAUACAGGAUGCUUCCUUCCAGCACCAGCGAAUGCGAACCCAUUUGUUCUCAAGGCUGCAUCCCGGGACAGUUGUGCGUGGCCCCGGAGACCUGCGAGGGUUCGGAGUCGGAUCAAACCAGUUCUAUGGCAUCCACCGGCAAACACCUCGCCUUCCACUGGUCAAUGCUAGUCCUGGCCAUCCUCCUCUGCCUGGCCCUGGUGAUGACUCCGCUGCUGGUCGUUAGAGAGCUGCAGCGUCGUCGUCGCAACGGCGACAAGCAGCAAGUCCAUCUCAUCGAAAAUCCCUCAUACGGAGUGAUUUUGGCCAACAGCGAGGAAGCGACCAUCGAGGAAGGCAUUGGCCUGGGGGACUAAGAAACCUCUUCCUUACAAAUCUAAGGGAUUCUGUUUUCGUGUGGAACUAGUUUAAUUUCAAUAUUUAUGGCUUGGUUUCGCUUUCAGGUUUACACCGAUUGAUGCUUGGCAUCGUCGAACAUACUCGUAAUUCACACAUACAUAAAUACAUAUACAUACCUAUACAUACGAAUAUAUACAUAUA